AGUUGCAUAAAUGAAUUUGCUGAGAUAGAACGUAUUAUAUUCCCGAGCAGAAGCAAUCCAUCAACGAUGACGUCGUUCGAAGGACGGUUGCGUUUGGUAAUUUUCGUCAUACUCUUGUUACCUAGCUGCAUGACUACUCCUGUCACUGUUGGAGAAGCACCGCCUGCUUCGAAAUCCAUCUUCAAACGUACGGUUGGCACUACUAGUAGUGGUGAUAGUAGCAGCAGCAGUAGUAGUAGUAGUAGUAGUGAUUUUCCUAAGAUUGAAAAUGAAGUAGCAGCCUUCAUCGAGAGCGGCCGGAUGAACAAUGACUACGUAUGGAUCGAUGUUACGACAAAGAAAUUCGUUCCGAUUCCCGGGAAUGACUUGGAAUUCGGAGACUGUUCGGAACCGGGAGAGUUGAUCUAUUUUGACAAUACGGUGAUCGAAAACUCGGGCCCAAGCACACUGAAUGGAACAUUGGAGAUUUAUAUUGAUGCUCCAGUCAACAUAACUUGUGUGAAGGCUAUAGAUCAAAUCCAGGAUGGUACCGGAGGUAGUCCAGCGUACAACUCCAUGGGCACCAAUUGGGCUAAGAUAGAUGUCGCUGGACAAUACGGGAAAGGAUUCCAUUUCCACAUAUAUGUUUACGGAAUUCGAACGAAAUCUACUUCGGAAAAGGACAAAACUAGCAAAGACAGUCAGUCCAACUUGAUUUAGUUAGUUUGAUAAGGAAGACAGAGAACUCCUCUGAUUAAUGGUAUGACCAGUCAAAGUACAACAUAUUUUUAAACAUGUAUAAACUCUAGAAUGUAGAAACGCUAAUCAAAGUUUAGAGUGGUAAAUGAAUUUACAAUUGAGCUGUUUUCUCAAGUGAUACAAGACCACAAUAAACAUAAAAGCAUUUGUCAACGAAAAUCGUUAGUAUUGUAAUAUUUCUGUUUAUAGAACACUAUUGCUGCCUUCUCGGCUUGCUUUCUCGAUUGUAGAUCCUCCAUGUUCUAGAUUUCUCGGAUUGGAGAUGGCUGUAGGUUUAAGUUUUCUUGUUUCGUUACAAUUGUAUGGGAGUAGUGCACUGUCGUUCUACGCAUAAGUGUCCCAUAUCCUAUAGGGUUACGCUUGAAACGGAAGUGUAGAAAAGCCGUUUCGUUUUUUAAUUUGAUAAUAAACAACUGGGAGUAGCUAGCGUUAACGAUAUAACCAAAUACAAAUAAUAAUACGAAGUACUCCGCAAAUCUUCGAGGACACGUUUCACGAUACGUGAUACACUGUCAAGGUACACAGUCAAAGUGACAGAACACUUCAAAAAAAUGUAUACUACUGGCAACACUGAAGAUAAAAACACUCAAAAGGCAACGUUUCCAUGGACACUGUUUAUCAUUUUGUAAUUGAAAAAAAGUUCUGCAGAAAGUACACUGAAAAUAAUUUGCAUGCUAGCAUUAUGUGCGAAGCAUUCAAACUAUCACUACUUGCAGAACACAUGAAAUUCAUGAAAAUAUAGUCUGUACUCAUAAAAUGAGUGUAAAAAGUGUUGAUAUUUAGUGGAAAUUAUGCUACAUAUAUCUGAAAUGCACUUUGAAACUAUAAGACAUAUCGUUACCUCUAAAUUCUAUAUGAAUUUCAAACGAAUGUCACAUUGUUUUCCACAUAGAUUUCAAGUGAAACAUAGUUGACCGAAUCAAGUGUUUCGCACAUAUAUUUGUGCUGUCCUCAUUUCCAUGUAAUUCGAUUCAAUAGCAAAAUACAUCACAUCCAAAUGAAAAACACACCGAAGCUAAGUGAAAAAUAAUCUAAUCUAACAUCUUAGUGAAUUUGCACAUGAAAUCUUAAAACAAAUCUCUUUGAUAAUAUAUUGAAAUGAAAAAAGCAUAUUAAAUUAAAGUGCAGUUUACAUAUGAAUCGAUCGUGCAAAUUUUUAUCAGUGUAUACAUUAUUUUAUAUUUUGAAAUAACUAUCUGUUUUCAGACAUUGGUGAGAUAUGGAUGAAAGACAACAAAAACAAAAAACCUGUUUUAAUCUACCUGUAAGUGGUGUAAUGAUGCCUUUCUCAUAUUACUCAUAACAUCAUAAAUAUAACUGUGGAAUUCGCAAAAACAACUGUUCAUUGUUUCAAAGUUUGUUCGGACUUAAUCUAACGAACUCUACAAAUCCUGUUUAUCCUGUAGUUCCGGAACCGGAAGUAGUAUCUACAACAAAUUUAGGAAUUCCGUAUGAAACUGUAAGACUUUUCCUUUGAACCUAUAAGUUUGUGGAAAUCGAUGUGACCAUCUUGAAGGAAAGUGAGUGAGACCCUUUUGCAGUUUUUAAUCACCAUUUCCAAUUCUUUAAAAACCGGAUUCAGAUGACCGAAAUAGCCGAAGUGGAUUUGUUUGCGAGCAACAAACAAGACAUGAUUACACCAGGCCAGACCGUCAACUAGGAGUAUUAUUUGGGUGUUAUGAGACGUUUGCGUGAAGCAAUUCACCGAAAAAAAACAAAUGUGUGGACAAACAACUCGUGGAUCUUGCCCAUCGUUAUUCGGGAACAUUUGGCUAAAAACGAAACUAAUACCAUUCAGCAACCACCGAAUUUACCCGAUUUGGCUCCCUUCGACUUUUUCCUAUUCGGUCGACUCAAGAAAC